AUGAAUCCAGAAUACGAUUACCUCUUCAAACUGCUCUUGAUUGGUGACUCUGGUGUGGGGAAAUCAUGUCUCUUGCUCAGAUUUGCUGAUGAUACUUACACAGAAAGUUAUAUCAGCACUAUUGGAGUUGACUUCAAAAUUAGGACUUUAGAUUUAGAUGGUAAAACAAUAAAAUUACAAAUAUGGGACACAGCCGGUCAAGAAAGAUUUAGAACAAUAACAUCAUCUUACUACAGAGGAGCACACGGAAUCAUCAUUGUUUAUGAUUGCACAGAUCAGGACUCAUUCAGCAACGUCAAACAGUGGCUAGAAGAGAUCGACCGUUACGCCUGCGACAAUGUCAAUAAGCUGCUUGUUGGCAACAAGUGCGAUCUUACUACAAAGAAAGUUGUUGACUAUACUACAGCUAAGCAAUAUGCGGAACAGCUAGCGAUACCGUUCCUCGAGACGUCAGCGAAGAACUCUACGAACGUGGAGCAGGCGUUCAUGACGAUGGCUGCGGAGAUCAAGGCGCGCGUGGGCCCGCCGUCGGCCGGCGCCGCGCCCGCCGGCGCCGCCGUCAAGAUCGACCAGGGCCGCCCCAUCGACACCGGCAAGUCGUCGUGCUGC